AUGAAUUCGAUCAAUUCAAAUAGUUCGAUUCAAUCAUCAUCAUCAUCAUCAUUAUCGGUAAAAGAAGAUGGUCUAUCACAACUUAGUCGAUCAAUAGAAAAUGCAAAGAGAAUUAAAAAUGUUCAAGAUAAAUUUGUUAAUAGUCAAUCUUUAUCAAAAGAAGGUCGAGCACUUGUUGGUGAAGGAAUUCUAAUGAAAGUUUGUCGUAAAAAACCAAAACAACGAGCAUUUUUUCUAUUCAAUGAUAUUCUUGUCUACGGACGUGUAGUUAUCAAUGGACGUAAAUAUUCACAACAAAAAAUUAUUCCAUUAAAUGAUAUUCAAAUUAGUAAUGUAAUGAAUUCCGAAGAAAAUCCAUAUUCUUGGUUAAUUAAAAGUCCAAAAAAAUCUUUUGUUGUUCGAGCUAAUUCUGAUCGAGAACGACAAGAAUGGUUAACUCAUCUUGAUCGUUGUAUUCGUUUUGCUAGUGAAGGUAAUCAUACGCAACAUAAUACUGUCGCAGCUCAUUGGGUACCAGAUGAUCAAUCUGAUACAUGUAUGCAUUGUCAUACAACAAAAUUCUCAACAUAUAAUCGUAAACAUCAUUGUCGAAAUUGUGGUUCUAUUGUUUGUGCAGGAUGCUCAAAGAAACGUUUUCUUCUAUCACAUUUAGAUGCUAAACCAGUUCGUGUUUGUGAUUCUUGUUUUUUAAAAUUUAGUAAAUCUUCUACUAAUAAUUCUCGUUCCAGUCAACGUGAUAGUAGUGAUAGUGAUGGAGAAGAAAACAAUGCACAAUAUUUACCUACGCCUGCUACUUUUUAUGAAAAUAUUGAAAAUUUUUAA